CAAAUCUUGUUCAGUAAUUAUAAGACGAGUUCGCGUAGUUCCAAGGCUUCAAAAGGCGAUUGUCGCAUCUGUUCAGUCAGCAAGUUGACGUUGCGAAUCGGACUAUCCGACCUUGGCGGUUUAUAAUUGAGCCCUAUGUAAUUCUAGAGUGGAAAUCAGACGUCGUCAGUUCUACGGCACAUGUGUAAAAGUAGAUAUCGUCCAAGAAAGAAAGGAAGCAAAUCCGAGGCAGGAUGGACGGAGUACUAGAGAAGGUUGCAAAUCGACUCGGCACCGCCACCGCCACCUUCAUCUUUUGACCACCAUCGUUUGCUUACUCUUUGCUCAUUCUCUUUCGACAAUGGCUUCAUUACUUCAGCGCAUGGGGAAUCCUCCUAACACCGGUGCUAUCCGUUCAAAGGGCGUCCAUUCAAGUCGUUCUUCGACGCCAUAUGUUCGUGGUUUCAGUUUACUCGGCAUUCGCAAUUCCAACCUAUUCGCAACAGAGCAGGCCUCCCAAGGCAGACGUUGACAGCCAGUGGGGCCACGAUAUGUACGAAUCAGAAAACAAUCUUUCCGCCCGUCUCGGCAUCCAGCCCGUAGCUCCUCGAGUCAACUUUGGACCAGCGAGAAAAUUUGUCGAAAAAGCAGCAGGCAUCUCCUCAUCAGAGUUAUCCAUAAAGGGGGCCAGCCAGAACAACGUGGUCGAGGUCAUGGGUCUUGUGAAAGGAACGACGGCAGAGGACGUCGCUGCAAUCUUUAAGCGCUGUGGCACGAUAACCGAGUCCAAGCUCAUGGCUGCCUCUCCUGAAGUGGUAAUUCGACUCACAUUCAAAGACCCUUCGUCUGCCAAAGCUGCCGUUGCCAAAUUCGACAAGCAGCAGGCUGACGGUAAGACACUAUCCGUCGUGAUUGUAGGUUUGCACAAAGGACCUACACUGUUUGGGAGACUGGCUGGCUCUGAUGGUAUGGGGCUUGUGAUGAAGGAGGGUAGCGUGGACGUUUUAAUGGACUCAGAGAAUGAUACCGGCUCGAAAAUGAGGUCAGAUGCCAUACUGAAGGAUCCACGAGCGCAAGUUCUCGUUGCUCCCCCCGGUGCUGACCCAAGAGACUAUACACAAACACCAUGGCGAGGUGGACGCGGUGGCGGACGAGGUGGACGAGGAAGACGCGGUGGUAGGCGACCUGGGAAUGGUGGGCACAGGAAGAUGGAUAUCGACUGACCGUGUGCCGUCACAUAUCUUCCAACUGCGAACUCAUUUAUUUCGGUGUCUUGAUGAAUCUCCUGGCCUCUUCAUCUCCCAACUCUAUUUCCUUCCUGUAAUUUAUACUAUUGCACCUUCGUGCCGACGCGUCGUUAUCCAGAAGUUUUAGGAUCGUUUCCUGUAUCUCCACCUGUUGAUGCAACAUGUUUUGCUUGA